GGCAGCAGCACCUUCAACAUACCUGGGAAACUGGUCUCAGGACGGCAUAAGCUCUGAAGGCCCUGUAAACCUUAAACAAAGGAAGAAAAAAGAAAAGUGGUCGAGGACGUCCUGUAGUUCAGAAUGUCUGACGUGGAAGGGCGCAAGGCUCUUCUGUGCUUGUUAGCAAAUAACUGUGAUGAGCCUGGUUACUCAAAACUUGUUGAGGCUCUCUGCCAGGAGCAUCAGAUCAAGCUCCUGAAAGUUGACUCAAAUAAAAUGUUGGGGGAAUGGGCUGGUCUCUGCAAGAUUGACCGUGAAGGGAAGGCUCGCAAGAUUGUAGGCUGCUCUUGUCUUGUUGUUACUGACUAUGGUAAAGAAACCCAGGCUCAUGAUGUUGUCACUGAGUAUUUCAAGAGCAAAGGACAGUGAAAUUGUUUGUUCUUGUUUCCUCAGGUAUCCAGAGACAAAAACCCAAAAGUUGAACUAGUUCAAUAGCAUAUCAGAGCUGCUUGAUCCUGCUUUGCAUUUUAAUGGCUCCACAUGUCAGCGCUGUAUGACCCUUGUGGGUUUAGUGCUUAGUUUUAAUUAUAAUAAUAAUAAUAAUAAUGGUUCUACAUUUUCAUACUGAAGUAAAAAAAAAUAAUAAAUAAUAAAUUU